AUGCGAGUUAUCUCUGAGUAUCUCUUCGCAAUCGACCAAUGGAAGCUCUUGGAGCAGUGGAAAAUAUACGCGAUCAAUACAUUGCCUCUGGGUAACAAAAUAAAAGAUGAAAUUCUACAGAUGAUGGAAUACCGGUCUGUAUACGACAUGCACAUAAAUGUGUACCGCAGCAAAACAUACAAGAUGCUCUCAAAGCACAGCGGGCAGCUAAAGUAUGAAAUACAGGAGUAUGCCAAGCUGGAGAAAAGAAUGCUUCUCCACCUCAACAAGCUGCGCUUUCACCUGCUCCCUCUCAUCCGGCACGACAUGUGCUAUCUCAAGUACUUUAUAUGCAACAAUGUGGAAGUAAAGAAGUUUGCCAAGCCAGCACAAAGCAAGUACUACACGCACAUACUUGAGCUGCUGUUCAUUGAAGAGUUUUCUCCUGCACAUGUGCACCUGCACGCAGGCAAGCUGCACAUAUAUUUAAGAAAGUCUCUUUUCAUCAAUAUUGAUAUACGGAGCACACUUGGCCGUGCAGAUGAAGUGCUUGUGGUUGCGCCUGCAGACAGAGCACUGACACCGCGGCAAAAGAAUCUUCUGCGAGGGAUCUUUGGUCUUCCUAUCCGGCAGAUGUUCUACUAG